AAAAAGUUACUUUGCUUUCUAGAUGGGAGAUGAUGUUCAUGUAUAAGCAAAGUCUGUUGUUCUAACAUGAAGACUCUCUGUUGUAAUCCAUUUGCUCACUCAAGUUCAGCAAUACGAAUUAUUUUCUUGUGUUUCCUGAUCAGCCUCGUGACAGGUCAAGAACAUCGAGAAAUACCACUGACAUGUGCCUCAAACUGGACCCAGUAUGACAGGAAUUGCUACCGACUGUACACGUCGGUAAAAGAUUGGAUUGGCGCCUAUAGGUAUUGUCAACUCGAAGACAGCAUUUUGGUGGACAUUGCCUCUGAGAGUGAACAAAAUUUCUUGCAAGAUUUCGUCAAUGGAAGGGAUGUUUGGAUAGGUGCCUCUAGUAUCUUCGUAAAUGGCCAGUGGUUGUGGUAUGGCAGUCACCAAUACUGGAAUUACACCAACUGGAAUACUAAUGAACCAGAUAACGCGGGCAGCGUUGAAAUCUGCACUACUCUGGACAACGAAGGAAAAUGGAGUGACCGUGACUGUGGACAACAGAGAGCAUUUGUCUGUAAACAGAGAACUUUUCUGUCCUUCUGUGACUCUUCCUGGGCCGUGAAAGACGGGCAUUGUUACAAACACUUCACAAAGCAAUUCACAUGGACCACCGCCAUGAAAAGUUGUCAGGGCAAAAAAGCCGUUCUCGUUAGCAUACAAAACUCUGCUGAACAGUCUUUCAUGAACGGACUGUAUACUGGGGAUGAAUUUUGGAUCGGAGGAUUUGAUAGACACAGAGAAGGCACGUGGUCUUGGUCUGGAACAACCUUGUUGUUUAGUAACACCUACUGGAUGAGUGGUCAGCCUAACAAUGGUGGUAACCAAGACUGUCUAACAUCUCUCAAAGGAUCUGGUCUUUGGAAUGAUCGCAAAUGUCACGAAAAAAGGACGUAUAUGUGUCAAAGAAAUACUUUUCACUUAGACAAGGAUCCUGUUUUAACCUUCGAAGUCAAUGAAACUACUCAAGAAACAAGCCUCCUCUGUGACUUUGAUACCAAUUUCACUGAUAUUGAAUUCCUCGUAAAUUGGUACUUUAAUUCUGACAUGAUAAAAGAGGAAAUAGUGACGAUAAACAAAACAGAGAGCUUGUUGGAAGAAACACAGAUUCCUCCUCUUCUCUUUGGAGACCAGAUUAAAUGUAGCGUCACUCCCUGUAUGCCUGGAAACUGCUUUGGCUUCAGAGGUUCACCGAGAAACAGUAAAAUUUUCAUUGCAAAAGUACAGGUGGAAAGUGGCACACAAAUAACUGUCCAUGAAAGGUCAGGGCCUGUCAUCAUAAACGUCACCAGUACAAUCCCUCCUAGAUUGUUUUGUUAUAAAGAACUGAGGGCAAAUGCAUGCAAAGUGGAAAUCACUACUGAGCUUGUCAAGGGACGGGAAUUUAAAUGUAGGGGUUUUCCUGUAAGCCAAGCUGUGUUUGGUAUGGACAAUCUACAGACAAAACCAUGUUCUCAUAUGAUCAACAAGGACAACUGGCAAUCUGGAGUUUUGAUAUCCGUCAAAGCUUCCAUAGACAGUUUGAGAGAUAGAAACCAAAGGCGAAAUAUCCGUUUAUCUCUCAAAACUCCGAAUAACACCAAGGAAAUCUCCACUGUACAGGUGACAGUCAUUGAUGGAGAUAAAGUAGCAUUAUGUUCUUCAAUAAACGACCCCCAUAUGGCAACAUUCGAUAAAAAAUAUUACGACGUCUACCUUGAGGGAGAAUUUAUUCUGUACAGACACAGAACCUUGCCUUAUGAGGUACGAACGUUUUAUCGCCGUUGUAAUAGGGUUGCAGCCUGCAAUUGUGCUGUGGCGAUUCGGUCUGGAGAUGACGUCAUUUUAUUUGACGUUUGUGGUCCUUCAAUGGGAAAGUCUUCCAGACGUACACGAUACACCAUGAAGAUGUAUCUGAAUGGAGAUUUGACCCCAGGGACUGAUGUCAUUCGGAAGGGAGGAGGAAAAACAUAUGAGGUAAUUCUGCCAACUGGAGCGGUGGUCUACGUGAUGACUGGGAAUGGGUUUUUCAACGUUAAAAUGUUAGCAUCGGCUCUUGAUUAUAAAAACACUGAAGGGUUGUGUGGUAACUUCGAUGGUGACCGAAACAACGACUUUAGGAAAAGAGACGGGGAACUGUAUACAAGGGGAGGAAAACAACCAAAUGAAUUCUCUCUGUCGUGGAGGGUACCAGAAGAGGAUUCCUUAUACCGGGGAUAUUGUGAGUCUUCUGCCGACACGAGCCCCAAAGUGGAGAACUACUGUGACUGUUUGGCAGGAAAGACUGCCGCGUGUCAGGAGGGAAUGGACAAAAUGACAUGUGUAGAAAUUCAGAAAAGGAAAGGACUGCUUGGCAACAGAAGAACCAAACUGGUCACUCUUGAUCUCAUAAAAGAUGCCGAGUCACCUCCUGCCCGGUGCCAGUCUAUACGACCCCCAGAACCAUUCGGUUACGUGCCAAACUAUACUCAACCUGACCCUGUUUGGCCAACACCGGGUAAUAUCACUGAAGACGAGGCGAGGAAAUUUUGUCAAGGCUUUAUUGAAGCCAAGGAAUCCGGAAAGAAAUGUGCAUCUCUACCUGGGCUGGAUCUGACUCCUAUUGUACAAGGCUGCAUAACCGAUUUACAGCUAACUGAUGAUAAAUCCUGGGCGAGCGAGAGUUUUGACAAUUUACAACAAGAAUGUACGACCAUUGUGGAGGGGGACCCAGAUCAAUGGACUGUAAACAAUGAAACCGGGGAUUCCAUACCGCCUCCAGAAAUCGUUGGUGUCAUCUGUCCUAACAGCUGCACGGAAAACGGAAAUUGUACAGAUGGACUCUGUCAGUGUUUUCAUCCGUGGAUUGGUGACGACUGUUCGAUUAACUCUACUGCUCCGCCUGAUCUCUUUGAAAUAGGAAAUGGAGAACCAUGUGACUCGAUAUGUACCAACUGCACCACGGUCAAUCUUUAUGGAGAUAAUUUUGCUGAUGUUGAGAAUCUUACGUGUCAUUACAGAUCUCUUGGUAUUAACAUGCAAGCAGUAUCAGCUUCGACCAGUAAGGCUGAAUUUUUGAAUUCCCAGACUGUCAAGUGCGCGUUCCCUAAUGAUGGAUUGUACGAAGUAGCGGUCAGUAACGAUGGUCAGACCACCAGUUUAUACACUAUCUACAUCAUCUACAAUAGCCACUGUCAUCAGUGUACAAGUAGUGGGUGUACAGUCAGGACUGAUGUUUGCAGAAUUGGGGGUGUUUGUUUUGUCCAUGGUUUUGUUAAUCCACAAAAUGUCUUGGAGGUCUGUGAUAUCAGCGUAUCAAAUAAUGGAUGGUCUACAUUGCAAGUUGAAAAAAUCUCUACGAAGAGAUACAAUUUCCAAAACAUUAUUGGACAGUAUCUGGUAACAUCGAGCGACAACGUCGUGAUAGGGGGCACGGGUACUCCGACGCUUACCACAGGUGUGAGUGGGGGAACUGCAGUCAUAUUAGAUGGACGUCAAUAUCUGGCUUUUGGGGACCUGACAAAUGUCUGUUUUGGCGAUAUAGCAAAAAGUUCUCUUGGUAUCACUAUAACGUUUAAUGUUAGGCUGAUGACAAAUACACAUACCUGUUUCUUGUUAAGUAAUGGGGGAGACGAUGACCAGUACUAUGGUUAUGCCAUUUGGUUUGGGAAUAACAGACUAUAUGCCAGAGUCAGUAAUAAAUGGUCAGAAUGGGUCACUUCCAUGUCCUCUGUCAAACUGGAGGAGUUUAUGACGGUGGAAAUGUCCUGGAGCCUCCAGUUUGGACUACAGCUGAGUGUUGAUCAGGAGGUCAAAGCAUCCACAAGGAAAUGCAUUUCUCGUCUUACGUCUAAUUACACGGUCUUUAAAGAUUUCAUUGUUGGUGGAUCAUCAAAGAAAGAACAAAACUGCCAAAUGAUGAUAGAAACCAUAACAUUUGUGUGCGCAGGAAAGGAUAUUAUAAAUAGUACCGGAUUGAAAUUCAAAGAUCCCGAAGUUCCAGGACAAUGCGUUGUGUCAUUAAGGCUGGAAGCCACUGCAGCCGUCAUUUCGACAUCAGUGAUCGCUGGAACUUUGUUUUGUAUAACCUGUAUAUUCUGUAUACUUUGUGG